AUGGACCGACCGACGAAGCCGAGAAUCUCAAAGAGCGGACUGCAAAUCCUGCUCCAAGCUUUGAAGCUUGCUCCCGAACAUUCUGAGGCCAGCAACCCCGAUGUCGUUCUCGUAUCAAUCGACUUUGAGAAUACAGGAAACCUCAUGAACAAUUUCUUGGAGGCCGAAGAUAGCCAGACUGGCCUUGCGGUUUUGGAUACGAAAGAUUUGCACCGCGUCAACACAACCAAAAUCAUUUCAACAUAUAACUUGAUAACUGGAUCUCCGUCUUAUAUUCUUAAGUCGUCCAAAAAGUUUCUUUUCGGAAAUUCGUCUACAAUCAGGCCGCCGGAAAUUCUAAAGAGCAUCACCUCCAUUAUACCAGAGAAUCGGGUUAUUGUUUUGAUUGGGCAUAGUGUACGAUGUGAGGUGGAUGUAUUGGCAAAGCUGGGCUUCGACUUCAGAGAAAACUCCAUCUCUGGAAUUAUUGAUACGUCGAGGCUUGCUAAUAAAGUCUUGGGAAUUUGUGGUAACUCUCUCCGAGAGUUAUUAACCGUGCUUGGCUGUCCUUUUAAUAAGCUGCAUAGUGCUGGGAACGAUGCGCACUUCGCACUAAGAGCUGCGCUUCUUUUAGCAACUCGUGGCUGCAAAGAUCCAAGCCAUGCUACGUCGACUAUCUUGAGAACUAUUUCAUUUCGCGACAUCCCUUACCGGGUAGAUCCUGAAGUCCGAGCAGCAUUGAAGAAGAAAAAAAGGCUUGCAAAAAGCCGGAAGCACCAGUCAAAAUCAUGGAGCGUUGAACGACAGAACGAGAUACGGGCAGAGCGUGCAGCCAACAAGCAACGGGCUGCACAAGACGACCACCCACUUAUUUGA